UGAUCACAGAUACUGACGUCUGAUCUGACGUGAGAGUUGUGGGCGCUGGAAAGUAACCCAGAAUUUUCUUCGUUAUCCUCCCAUUCCAAGCUGGAAAAAAGAUCCCAAGAAAAAAACUGAAAAAAUCCAAAAAAAUCUGUCUUUGAGAUAAACAGUCGAGUCUUUGCUCACUCCGAUGGCAUCUGAUAAUAAACCGAGUUUCGAUCCCGAUCUUGUUAUUGCUCACAAAUUCCCAGAGACGACUUACACUUAUUCAGAGAGGGAUGCAGUCAUUUAUGCCUUGGGUGUUGGAGCUUGUCAACGAGAUGCCGUCGAUGAUGACGAGCUUAAAUAUGUUUACCAUGAGAACGGACAGCAGUUUGUACAGGUUUUGCCGACAUUUUCUGCUAUAUUUUCGUCCGGGUCGACGCCAAUAGCUCAGCUUCUACCAGGACUGGAAUAUGAUCCACGUCUUCUGCUACAUGGACAGCAGUACAUAGAAAUAUACAAGCCACUUCCUUCAAGUGGUCGUAUACAAAAUAAGGUGGCUCUUGCUGGAUUGCAUGACAAAGGUAAAGCAGCUAUUGUUGAGCUUGAAACAAAAAGUUACAACGAGUCUGGAGAACUGUUAUGCAUGAACCGGUCGACUGUCUAUCUUCGAGGUGCUGGUGGCUUCUCACGUUCCUCUCGUCCAUUUUCUUACUCAAACUAUCCAGCCAACCAGGUUUCAGCAAUUAAAAUUCUGAAAAGUCAACCUUUUGCUGUGUUUGAAGAGUGUGCGCAACCAUCUCAGGCAUUGCUUUACAGGCUAUCUGGUGACUACAACCCUCUACAUUCAGAUCCUGUGGUUGCAAAAGUUGCGGGGUUUACGCGGCCGAUACUGCAUGGAUUGUGCACGCUUGGAUUCGCAGUUAGGGCAAUCAUCAAGUGCAUCUGCAAGGGAGACCCAAACAAGGUGAAGAGCAUAUUUGGACGAUUUCUUUUGCAUGUGUACCCUGGGGAAACUUUGAUUACUGAAAUGUGGCUUCAAGACAAAAGGGUCAUUUAUCAAGUUAGAGUGAAAGAACGCAAUCGCAUUGUGCUGUCUGGCUUUGUGGAUCUUCACGGUUUAACUUCGUCUCUAUAGAUAGAGAGAGAGAGUGAAAAAAAUAAUAAAUAAAUAAAAAAAGAAGAAGAGAUAGAGACGGACCAAACAGAGACAUAUCACUAUAUAUUCGUUGUUUCCUACGUAUUUGAGUAAAGCUAUGAGAUACUAGGAGAGCAUCUCCAAAUACAUCACUUUGCAGAAUUAAAUUCCAAACUGAUGUAAUUUUCCUUUUUCUUAAAAAAAAAAAGGUGAUAUUAUGAGGCGUGACACUUGGCGUA